AUGCUGAACACAUUUUAUGUAAUACCGUUAAUAUUGAUGAACAUUUUAUUUCAAAACGAUUGGCAUAAUAAAGUAAUUUUAAGCAAGUUAAGGAUUUAUAACAACAAAUUUGUAAAAAGGAGAAAUCGUAUUCUGUUAAACAAUGUAACAGAUAGAGGAAAUUUUUUGGAUGAAAUUAAAGAAGGAUAUAAGCCAUUAUUUGAAGUUUAUGAAUUAUCAGCUAAUUUUGAAAAAUUAAGAAAUGCCAAAGAGAAAGAAAAAGAGAAAGAGAAAGAAAAAGAGAAAGAGAAAAAAACAGGAGGAAGAAAAAAAAAAAUAAAUAAAAUAAAGAAAUAUAAAGAAAUAAAGGAAAAAAGUAAUAAGAAGACAACAAACAUAAAUUUAAUCCAAUUGUCUUCUAGAAAUCCUGAUGUUCAUACAAAUAUUCUGAUAGAUUCUAAAAACGGGAUAGCUAAGCAGAAUUCAAAUAAUAGCGUAACAAAAGAUAUACGCAAUCAUGUAUAUAAUUCAGAAAGUAUGUUAAAUAGUAAUGGAUCCCAUAAAAAUAAAGAUACUGAAAUAGAUGAUGCGAAUGCAAGAAAUGUGUUCGGAAAAUUAAUUAACGAUGGGAAUAUAGAAGAUUUUGAAAGUUUGGAUGAUGAUACAGGAAUGAACCAACAUGAGAAUUAUCACAAACGAGGGGGAAAAUAUGAGCUAAAGUCGGGUAGUAUAGAGAAAGAGGAAGGACAAAACAUCCCUCAUAAAUCUACCUAUAUGAGUGAAGAAGAAGAAAAAGAGGAGCUGAAAAAACAGAAGGAAGAACAUGGAAAAAAUAAUAAUCUAGAAGAGAAGCCCAAAAUGGAAGAUGAACACAGGAAUGACCAGAUAGUAAGUGAAGAAAAAAAGACAGUGAGAAACUUGGGAGAUGCUAAAAGAGAAAAGAGAGAAGAUGACAAGACAAACGAGGGAGGAAAUGAAAAAGAUAAUUCUGUUCAGGUUGAUGAGACGAAUGAGGAGGAGGAGGAGGAAGAAGAAGAAGAAGAAGAAGAAGCGGAUAAGCAGGAUGAGUCUGAAAAUUUGGAAGCACCGAGUGAGUCUAACAAUUUGGAAAAGCCGGGUGAGUCUAACAAUUUGCAUGCUCCGAGUGAGUCUAACAGUUCUGGUUCAUCUGGUGAGGUGAAAGAGGAAAGAGAAAAAUGGAGUGAAUAUGAAUUAAAUGAAGAGAGUGUAGACCAAAAAGAUAUAAUAAAACGCGAGUUUGAACAUUAUACCAUCAUAACUAAUUCAAAUGAAAUUAUAAAUGAUAUUAUAAUUGAUGCAUCAGAUAUAUCAAAAUUGAGUAUCGAAAGUAUAAACAUUCCAUACAACGAAAAGAACAAAUCCACAUUCACACAUCAGAGACACAUAGUACUCACGAACAAUGGAAAUAAAAAAUACAAUGUUGUUUUAAUGACAAAAAAUCCAAAGUUUUUUGAACCGGAAAAUGACCCAAAUGAGAAUCCCACCACUAAUACCUUCAUUGAAAAGAAUAAGACACAAGAAAAAAAUAAAAAAAUAAAAAAAAAGGGAGAACCUGGUAGAGGCCAGCAAAAUCAUGAUCCGAAAGGUUUAUAUGAAGGAGUGGGAACUCUCGAUUUUAGUAAAUCAUAUAACGAUAGAAACAAACAGACGCGCAGCAAGGAAGAAAUGAACAAGAUUGAUGGUGCUGAUGAAAACGGGGGAAUAAGAGGAACGAUAAGUAGAAUGAUUAGUUUUUUAUCAUUUACAAGUUCUCAAGAUAUACCUGUAAGGGGAGAAGAAAAACUUAAAAAUGGCCCUAACGUGGAUGCCACAAAUACGAGUAGGAAAAGCAGCACCGAAUCAGAUAGCAGAACUGACAGCGAUAAAGACAUGGGUGAUAAUAGCGAAAAGAAUCAAGGUUAUGAAAAAGAGAACCAGGUAAUAAAGGAGAUGAACAAAGCUGUAAGUGCCGACAAGCUAGUUGAUCAAUACCUGCUGAAUCUAAAAAACACUAAGUCCUCGAAACAAGAAUUAAUUUUUGUCUUGAGAGGAGAUCUAGACCUAAAUUCCACGCACAUGAGAAAUGUUAUAAAAAGGGGCAAAUCUAAAUUUGAGAAUCAAAUAAAAAAACAUUUUGAACAAGUAGACAAAAUAUUAUACGACGUCUCAUCACCAAUAAACUUUCUGUGUUUUUUUGUCCCCAAUGUUUUCAAUAUGAGCAAUUUUCAUUUAUUGAAAGAAGCGUUGAUAGUGCUACACAGGGAAUUGGAAGAAUACACAGAGAACUGGAGUUUUUCCAACACGUACGUGACAUUUGAUCAGAUGCACAUGGGUAGUGGUAGUAGUAGCAGCAGUAGUAGUAGUAGUGGUAAAGAUAGUGUUUUAGAUAACAAAGGAGAUGAUGAAGAUCCCAAAAAAAAGGAGAAAAAAUUCGUGAAGAAAAGAAAAAAUUUAUAUAAUGUAAAAUACUCCUUUUUACGUAAAUUUUGGAGUUUCAAUUCGAUAUUUUCACUUGCAAAAAAAAUAAAUAAAAGGAAUUUAGACAUUGAAAAAGAAAUCUUAAAUUUCCUACCAAAAGAAUUAAGAGAAUAUUCUACAUGGAAUUUGUCCGUUAUACGAGUAUUUAAUGCCUGGUUUUUAGCAGGGUAUGGAAAUAAAAAUGUUAAGGUUUGUAUAGUCGAUUCUGGAGUUGAUAAAAAUCAUAUUGAUUUAACGAAAAAUAUUUUUAUCCCUGAAUAUUCAGAACAAUAUGAAAUGACUGAUGCUUUUUAUGAUUUUAUGGUAAGAAACCCAACUGAUUCAUCUGGGCAUGGAACACAUGUAACUGGAAUUGUAGGUGGGGCAGCUAAUGAUUUGGGAAUGGUAGGUGUAGCUCCUAAUACAACAUUAAUAUCAUUACGAUUUAUUGAUGGGGUCAAAUAUGGAGGAAGUUUUCAUGCUAUUAAAGCUAUAAAUGUCUGUAUUUUAAAUAAGGCCCCUAUUAUUAACGCUAGUUGGGGUUCUAAUAAAUAUGACGCCAAUAUAUACCAUGCUGUGCAGAGAUUGAAAUAUACAUUCAAUGGAAAAGGUACUGUUCUAGUUACAGCUGCUGGAAACGAGAAUAAAGAUAAUGAUGUUCAUCCUUUGUAUCCAGCUAGUUUUAAAAUGCCUCAUGUUUACAGCGUUGCAUCCAUCAGCAAGAACUUUGAAAUAUCCCCCUUUUCAAACUACGGCGAGAACAGUGUGCAUAUCAUGGCUCCUGGUCAUCAUAUAUAUUCCACGACACCAAAUAAUUCGUACAAAAUAAACACAGGAACAUCUAUGGCAGCACCACAUGUAUGUGGGGUAAAUGCAUUAAUAUACUCAGUGUGUUACAACCAAGGGUUUAUACCACAAGCAGAAGAAGUGCUGGAUAUCAUAACAAGAACAUCCAUAAAAGUUAUAUCAAGAGGAAGAAGAACGAUAAAUAAUAGUUUAAUAAACGCAGAAGCAGCUGUGUUAACUACAUUACUAGGAGGGUUAUGGAUGCAGAUGGAUUGUCAUUUUGUUAAAUUUAGUUUAGAUAAAGGAAAAAAAAAACAUAUCCCUGUUGUAUUUUCAGCCUAUAAAGAAGGAAUUUAUGAAACUGAUAUAGUAAUAGCAGUAAUACCUACGGAAGAAAAUUCAAAUGUUUACGGAGAAAUAUUGAUACCUAUACGAAUUGUAACUAAUACAAAAAGUGAAAAUUUUAAAGAAUCACCAAGAACUGGGAAAAAAAUGAUUAUCGAUGAAAAUGAAGCAAGUAAUGAUGAAAUAUUGUCUUAUAUUUGUGAAAACGCAUUAUAUAAUUUAUACGAGUUGGAUAGUUAUUUCCUUGUUAUUUCCUUAGUAUUACUUUUUUUUGGAUUUAUAAUUACAGUGGUAGGAACUGUUUUAUAUAUCAAAAGAACGCGUUUUACUAAAUGCUGUGAUGAUGAAAAUCAUGAACAUAAUAUGAUGAGGAAUAGUGUUAUUGAACAUAAUCAUAUUUUAGGCAGAAACAUAAAUAAAGAUCUUGAAAUUACAAAACGUGCACAUGCAGAAAAAGUCAGAAGUGGUGUCCGUUUCAGUAUUGUAAAAGGAAAUAAUAAAAAUUUUUCAUUCAUGACCCAUGGGGGAUAUAAAAAAUUAAAUUCACAAAAAAGUAACGAUUCUAAAGAUAAACCUAUUCUCAAAUCACGAACUAGCAAAUUUAUGAAUCACAAGAUUGACCACGGCAGUGAAUCCCCUAGUGGUGGAAAAGAGGAAAGAAGCAAAUCAGUCAUGUAG